CGCCGCUACACUGCAGCGCUGCCGGCUGCCCGGCGCUUAUUGGCUGAGGAGAGGCGGCCGUCUACGUCAGAGCGCUGCCGCUGACGCCACGGGGCGGGGCUCGGCGAGGCUGAGCGGGAGACGGCGCGGCGAUGAAGAACCAGGGCGGCGAGACCAAGGCGGCCCCGCGGCCCGCGGCCAAAACGAGCGGCGCUCUGGCGGAGGAGGGCGACCCGGCCGAACCCAGCGCAGCGCAGGAAGCUCCCCUCACACAGGAGGACACAAAGUCCUCCCGGCCUGCCGUGCGGGAUGUCUCUGAAGAGCUGAGCAGGCAGCUUGAGGACAUCUUGAACACGUACUGCGUGGAUGCCAGCCAGGAGGGUCCGGGCGAGGACGGCGGGCAGAGUGAGGCUGUGGAGCCAGAGGAGGUGGAGAAGUGUCGCAGUGAGUCCCCGAGGAACGGAGAUCAGGAGUCAGGCAGCCCUGAGAUGAAUGGGGAGAAGGAAGGCACGAAGGGGACUGAAGAGUUUCGACCUGGAGAGGAGUGUGGGGAGCGGGAUCAGAAGAAGGCUCAGGAAAAGAAGAAAGCCAAGGGCCUAGGCAAAGAAAUUACUUUGUUGAUGCAGACCCUGAACACCCUGAGCACGCCAGAGGAGAAACUGGCAGCACUGUGCAAGAAAUACGCUGAGCUGCUGGAAGAGCACCGUAACUCCCAGAAACAGAUGAAGAUUUUGCAGAAGAAGCAGACACAGCUGGUGCAAGAGAAGGACCACCUGCAGAGUGAGCACAGCAAGGCCAUCCUGGCCCGCAGCAAGCUGGAGAGCCUGUGCCGUGAGCUCCAGAGGCACAACCGCACCCUCAAGGAGGAGGGUGUCCAGCGAGCACGAGAGGAAGAGGAGAAGCGGAAGGAGGUGACAUCCCACUUCCAGGUGACGCUGAAUGACAUCCAGCUCCAGAUGGAGCAGCACAACGAGAGGAACUCCAAGCUGCGCCAGGAGAACAUGGAGCUGGCAGAGCGGCUCAAGAAGCUCAUUGAGCAGUAUGAGCUGCGGGAGGAGCACAUUGAUAAGGUGUUCAAACACAAGGACCUGCAGCAGCAGCUCGUGGAUGCCAAGCUCCAGCAGGCACAGGAAAUGCUGAAGGAAGCAGAGGAGAGACAUCAGCGGGAAAAGGACUUUCUGCUGAAGGAAGCUGUGGAAUCACAGAGGAUGUGUGAGCUGAUGAAGCAGCAGGAGACUCAUCUCAAGCAGCAGCUGGCUCUCUACACAGAGAAGUUUGAAGAAUUCCAGAACACCCUUUCCAAAAGCAGUGAAGUGUUCACAACAUUUAAGCAGGAAAUGGAGAAGAUGACAAAGAAAAUUAAGAAGCUGGAGAAGGAGACCACAAUGUACCGCUCUCGCUGGGAGAGCAGCAACAAGGCUCUCUUGGAAAUGGCUGAGGAGAAAACCCUUCGGGAUAAAGAGCUGGAGGGGCUUCAGGUGAAAAUCCAGCGCUUGGAGAAACUGUGCCGAGCCCUGCAAACAGAGCGCAACGACCUCAACAAGAAGGUGCAGGACCUGUGUGCCCACACGGCGCGGGCAGACGUGGAGCCGACAGAGGCUCUGAAGGAGCCAACGCGGGGGGGCUGCGAGGCGGCAGCUGGAGGAGCCCCGGCAGAGCAGCGGCUGGCUGAGGAUUGCCUGCACUCGGGAAAGGCGGCGCACAGCACAGAUCCUGCGGAAAGCCUUGGAGAACUGAGCACAGGAGCCUUGGGGCAGAGCGGGACUGAGGAAGGCGCUCAGGGUGCUGACUGAGCCUGCUGUGUGGCUGCGACUCCCCUAAAAUGUAGUGCAGCACAGGAAAGCAAGGGCACGGAUCGGCCCAAGCCCUCCGGCUCACGGCACCGGGACAGCAGGACACGUCGCUUCCUCCACCUUCACAGCAAUGCUGUCACACUGGGUGAGAGCAAAAGAACUGAGCAAGGGAGAACAUAAGCAUUUCCCAGCGCUGGAUUCUCCCUCCCUGAUCUGCAUCAGGCAGGAGGCGGCUCCUGGACUUGCUGUUGCUUCCUCACGCCCUGGCUGGCAGCUCUUUCUUGAGCAGAACCGUCCAGUUCCCCUCUUGUAUGGGUUUUGUGUAUUGAACAGGGACAGAAAAGCAGAGAAACUGGGGACACCGGAUUUGCCCAGGCACCCUGCAGGGCCUUUGCUCUUCCUAGAACCUGCCAGUGUUUCAAUAGCCUUAUGAUUCACAGUUGCCUCUUUGCUAUACGCACAUGUGCACAAGUAUAUUAAACAGUUAAUCCAAAGGUCUAACUCCGAAGUGUUUUGCACAAGCACCUGUGAUUAGUUGUGCGAGGGGAUCGGGACGCCCUUGUGACCGAACUCCUCUGCCCUGCCUCAGGACCCUCCCUUGGUGUUGAGUGGGGUGGUCUCAGAGGUAUUCAUGGAGCUGGGGCUCCAGGAGGAUCAAAUUUGUGGCUUCUCCAUGACCUGAAGCUGAAUCGCUGGGACCAGCUCGAGGCUGGUGCUGUGGGCCGAUUCCUUCUGCAGCGUCACACCCUGCAGACAGGCUGUGCUGCCUGGGCCUCUCCUUGCCCUCUGCUUUUUCAGAACAGCAUCUCCCAGAUGCUGGCAGUCACCAAGUCUGAGCUGCUGCCGCUGUGUCUGGGAGGGCUCUGAUGGCACGAGAGGCAAUCUGGCGCAGAACUUGGGGGAUUUCUCCUUAGUUUCUCAACACUUCCUUUUUUUCACUACUCGUUUGGGAGACAUCGACUUGCUUGCAAACCUCUUGCUGCAGCUUCUCUUUACAGCAGACUAUUUUCAGCAUUGCCUUCCUUUUGCUUGAAGCUGAAUUGAGCUGGCUGAGCUGUUCCUCACAGUGAAUGCAUUCGGCGGAACAGUUUUGGUUUCUUUUCUGGCUGCAGCUGCUCUUGCAUCUUCUCUGCAACUGUACAGCGCCCUUGGAAGGACCUGCCGUGGGAGCUGCCUGCAGGAGGCGCUUCUGCUUCCCUCUUUAUUCCCUGGGGAUUCCGGAGAGUUCGGGUCUAAGGAGAGAGGCUGUUGAGUCUAUUGAAGCUCCACGGAGCCACAAUCUUGAACAUCACUGCGGUUUGCUCCCCAGGGCUUUCUGGGCUGCUUCUGGCCCUGCGCUGCCUGCGUUGCUUCCUCCUGGGUGGGUUGCAUCUGACUUGGGCAGGAGCGUUCUGGAGCACAUGAAGGUGGUGGGAGAAAGGGCUGCAGCCUGGCACUGGAUUUUUCUUUCCUGCCCUUUCAGUCAAAGAAAAAUCCCUCAGAAAGUCACAAACACCUUCACUUUUUUUUUUUCCUGUUAUGGCACAGAUAACCUCUGUGGGGAGCUGAUGUAUGUAUCUUCGUAUCCAAUAGAAACACCCACAAACUCA